AUGCAGAUGGAGGGAAGGGAGGGUAUUGCAGUGGCCGCAGGUGGCCAUGAAUCCGGCGGCCACGGCAUGUUCAGAGGAGCAGCAGACGUCGCCAUGGCAGAGGCGCAAGAAGAAGCAGCGAAGGGGUACCAGUCCUCUCCGUCGACGUCCCCCACGCCGUCGCCGCCGCCGCCACCGGCUGCGGCUGCUGGCCACGCCCGGGACGCCGCCGCGACUCCACUUGCCUGGAGCUUGGGCGGCGACAAGCCGAGUGCGGCCGCGGGGGACAACGGCAUGCAGACGGCCGGGCAGAGCGAGCACCCCGCCAGCCUCAGCUCCGGGCGCCGCCGGGGCCGGCCGCGCGGCUCCGGGAGACGCCAGAUCCUAGCCACUCUAGGGGAAUGGUACGCGCUGUCAGCUGGUGGGAGCUUCACGCCUCAUGUCAUCAUCGUGGGUACUGGGGAGGAUGUGGCGGCACGCAUCAUGUCGUUUUCUCAGAAAGGUCCACGCUCGGUCUGCAUCCUCUCUGCCAACGGGACAAUCUCUAAUGUAACACUAAGGCAGCCGGAUGCGUCUGGUAGCACCUUCACCUACGAGGGCCGUUUCGAGAUUCUGCGGCUGAUGGGCUCCUUCACAAUGGCUGAGGAAGGUCGGAGGAGAACCGGCGGGCUCAGUGUUUCUCUUGCUGGCCCUGAUGGCCGUGUAGUUGGCGGCGUAGUGGCUGGGAUGCUGCGUGCUGCAAGUCCUAUACAGGUGAUCGUUGGAAGCUUCCUGCCCAACAGCCUGAAGCAGCAUCAGAGGAGGAUGAGCAUGCAGCAACAACCCUCCCCCGUUCCGGCGUUACCAGCACCUGUGGUGCCCCCACCAGUGCUCACUGCAGCCACGCCGAUCUCUCAGGCAGCUCCCGGGAACGGGUUCCAUGCACCGCCGCCCUCCGCCACACCUCCCCAGCCCCAUGCCAACGCCAUGAACCUGAACUCGACCGGCUUCACCAUGGUUGGCUGGCCUGCAAGCUCGCCGCAGCCCAUCGCGUACAGGGCUUCACCUGACAUCAACGUCAGCUUGACUCCCCAGGAGUAG